AUGGUAAGCAUCGCCAUCCCCCAACAGAUCAGUAUACAUGGCGCACGUACGACAACAUAUCGACAACAGCUAGAAGAGCACCAGCACCAGCAACAGCACACCAGCACCAGCGACAGCAAUGACAAUACGACAGCCAAUGCAACAUCUUUCCUCCAAUUUUCACGGAUGACCAAGACAGACCUUGAAGAACACCGCAUCUACGAGCAUAUUCGAUGGAUGCGCUCAUCAGCAGGUCAUGGACAGGAUGCGAAGGCUCUUGCUAUGAUCAGGAAGUGGUAUGCUAGUUCUCUCCUAACAUUCACGGCGCACGCAACAUCACCAGACGCAUCAUCUCGUAACGUGUUAUCGCCAGCAAAUACUUGUCUUCCAAAGUCACAUCCACACGCUGUAUUGAUGACCGCCCGUAUACGAACAUCAAGUCCGCCCCGCUGUCCUAGCUGUUUAUCGACAACCGUGCUGCAAUAUCUGCUCAUGUUCAUCCUCGAACACGGUCGAGUUCGCACCAAGACUACCAAGCGCGCUUCGCGUGUCCUCAUCGAGAAGUACUACCCUCGUCUCUCGAAUGUCGACUUCCACCAGAACAAGCGUGUCAUCGAUGAAGUCGCCAUCAUCCCUUCCAAGCGUCUUCGCAACAAGAUCGCUGGUUUCACCACCCACCUCAUGAAGCGUAUCCAGCGUGGUCCCGUUCGCGGUAUCUCGUUCAAACUCCAGGAGGAGGAGCGUGAGCGCAAGGAUCAGUACGUUCCCGAGGUCUCUGCUCUCGACACCUCGGCUCAGGGUAGCCUCGAGGUUGACCCCGACACCAAGGACAUGCUCCGCUCGUUCGGUUUCGACAGCCUUCCCGUCACCGUCGCUGCUCCCGUUACCGCUUACCCGGCUCCUGAGCGACGUGGCCGUCACGUUCCUGGUGCUGGCCGACGAUAA